AUUCCAACUUUCUCUGUUUUUAUUGACUUUGAGAAUGUUAUAGUGAAGGCUUUGGCACAAUUUCUUCACCUUCUCUUCGCUAACUAGGGAACAUGGCACCGUUACCCGGGAACAUGGCACCGUUACCAGCGUUACCGUUACUAGGGAAUAUGGCACCGUUACCGUUGUGUUUGCCAGUUUUGCUAUCUAUUCUUACUUUCAACAAUUCAACAGUUACUGAACAACAACCACAUUCUGUUAGAGGAGAGCUGAUGUCAGUUUACCUGCCUAGAUACAACACCAGGUGUGAAGGAGACUCAGAAGGCGCACUUUGCUACGACCCAGUGAGUCAAAACUUCCUGAGGUGCCAGCUCAACACCUGGACUAAAGUCUACAUCGACAAACAGGUCCCAGUUCUAGCACCGCAGGAUCCUCGUGAUCAGCAAAUAGCCCGACUAACAGAGGAAGUGGCGGCCCUUAAAGUGGAGAUGUCACGUGAUAGAUCAGAUCUGCUGCACAAGAUAUCCUCACCCUGGUGUGAGGACCAGGAGACGGGGUGGAGGUUACACGGUUACCAAUGUUACUACAACAGUCUCCAGAGUCAGACCCUGCUAUCCUGGGAGCGAGCAAGGAGGUUCUGUGAGGCUAGGAACAGCUCUCUGGUCUCUAUUGAAAGUAGCACAGAGAACGAGUUUAUAGCUGAGAUAGCAGGGGACGUGAUAUCUUGGAUAGGACUAAAGAUAGGUCCUACAGGUGGGAGGGUCUGGGUAGAUGAUAUGAAGUCAGCGUAUAAUAACUUACAAUAUCCGGUAACAGAUAACACAUGUGUUUAUAUAGACGGAGCUUCGGGAGAUUGGUACUCCAGAGACUGUGGCAACCAGAAGACAUUUACUUGCCAGAGAUCAUGUUGUGGCUUAUAACCAGUUACCAGUCACCAGUUACCAGUGACCAGUGACCAGUGACCAGUGACCAGUCACCAGUCACCAGUCACCAGUUACCAGUGACCAGUCACCAGUCACCAGUCACCAGUCACCAGUCACCAGUCACCAGUUACCAGUCACCAGUCACCAGUCACCAGUCACCAGUCACCAGUCACCAGUCACCAGGGUCUAUUUGAAUUUGCAGUUUGUGAGAAGUUUAUGUAAUUCAUGAUUAAAGUGGGAGGAAUUUGGAGACAUUGCAAGUAUUCGGACUGAAGCUGUUUUACUUAUCAGCCAUUUGUUUUAGCUUUAUUUUAUUUGUUGACUGUUGUUACAAGUUAUAUUAUUAUUGCGUUCCUAUUUAUUAUUUUAUGUUUUUAUGAUUCACAC